GGGAAAGACAGGGCUGUGGAGAGGAGAGGAAAGGAGAGAAAAACAACUGCACUGAGAAAAAGGAGACGAGUGUGGGACCAGUUACAGGGAGGUAUACAACGGGGAGAGGUCCAUACCAGAGGUGGGACCAAGUCACUGUUUGGCAAGUCACAAUGGAUAUUCCUUUCCUUGUAGAUGGCGCUCUCGUCUGGACCAGCAGUUCUCUCAUCUGACAGAGAUGGCGUGAGACGGAGGUAGCAGUUCCCAGGCUUUCAACACUCAUCCUCCAUUUCUACUAUGGAGACCAUCCAAAAGUGUACCUCCCUGCUCUGGGUUUUUAUGUUUGCUUUAGCAAGAUCGGAGAAUGUUGUUAUUACAGAGAUAAUGACACUCAGAAGUACAGAGUCAGUGAGCCCCCACUGCGAUCAGCACACCUCCUUGUCCUGCAACAUCACCUCCCAGGAUGAGCCCACCAUCUUCCUGUUUGCCUGGUCUGCUCCCAAUAAGACAGCUCUGUGUGAGCUAAAGGAUGGGCACCUCAGCACCCAUAACGGAGUGAACUGUGUCUUCAAAGGCCAACAACUGGUCCUGACCAUUCGUCACACAAAACCAAUCCACCAGGGGCAGUAUGUCUGCAAGCUGCGCUCCAAUUUAGGAAUAAAGAGUGCAUUCACACACUUGAAAUUACAAGAGUGCCACCACAGUCUCCAUGUCCACAGCCGUGAUGGAAACUUGACGUGCCGCGCCAGAGGCAUCUACCCAGAGGCCCACAUCCACUGGUUCCAGGGGUCCAAGAACCUGACCGACUCCUCAGUGGCCCACCCCAGCGUACGGCACGAGGACGGCACCUAUGAGAUCGCCAGCACGCUUCUCCACCGGCCCCACUCCACUCUGAACUGCUCCCUGUGGAGCCCGAGCUCUGGGAGAUACCUCAGCAGCACAAGGGCCAGCGUGAAGAGAUGGCCUCAGAGGGGAGUCAGAGGGCGCUCCAGCACUUAUGGAGGAACCAGGACGACUGUGGCCCUUUUUGCAGCAGCACUAAUUCUGUUGUGA